AUGAAAAUAACUGAAAAUACCUCGGAAUCCCUUCCGAAUGCUCACGUAAUCAAAAUACACGUGGAAAGAAUGCCAUUGAUUAGUGCUGAAAUAACACGCAUCCUUCACUGGCUUCUGUACGGGAUACUGUGUCAGGCAAUCGUUAUUUUUGGAGUCGUUAGCAAUGCUAUCAAUAUGAUCUGUUUCUUUAAGCAAGGCUUCAGAGACCCAGUCAACGUUAGUCUUUUUGGUAUGUAUGGAGUAAAAAUAGUAAAUGGCUUGUUUCAUCUGACUGCCAAACAGCAGGAUUCAUUUCAAGAUGCGGAACUGGCAUUUGAUCCAUUCGAACUGCAAUACUUAACUGGCGGGUAUGUUUUAACAGCAUUUUCGCGCAUCACUUCCUGGAUUACAGCCAUCAUCACGUUGGAACGGUGUCUGUGUAUAACCAUCCCUCUAAAG